GUUGACUUCCACCACAAGAUGGCGGUGUUUCAACUACGUGGGUCAAACGAAGGAGAAGAAGAAAUCUAAGCGACGCCAUCUUGUCUGUUUGUUGUUAAAGGAGAACCGUCCCUCUCUGAAAUAAAGUGCGCAGUGUCGCGUUUAAAUCCACCGAGAUUAUGACCGGCGGGAGCGAGUUUCCACAAAACUACAACAGCAACAGCAACGACAACAAGGACUCCGAGUGCAGCAUGGACGUGGACAUGGACUCGAGCCACGUCGAAAGCGAGCGGGGAGAAGCGGACAGCAGUAUCCUGGCUGCGUGCUCCUCUAACGGCAGCGGCGGCGAAGAAGACGAGGCGGAGGCCGAUGGCCGCAUGAGACAAGCCGGGGGCUCGAGUAGUCAUCACACCCCGGACGGAGGAGCAGUACUCGGCGGGGGCAGGGAGCAAGAAGUGUCGGUGGAGAUCGGAGAGACGUAUUUGUGUCAAAGAGCUGACAAAACUUGGCACACAGCGGAGGUUAUUCAGUCCCGACUGAAUGAGCAGGAGGGCAGGGAGGAGUUCUACGUUCACUAUGUGGGAUUCAACCGGCGCCUGGACGAGUGGGUGGGUAAAGCCCGUCUGGCUCUCACCAAGACGGUGAAGGACGCGGUGAGGAAGAGCACAGAGAUCGGAGGUGUUGGCGAUUUGGGCGACCAGCCUGAAAGGAAGAUCACCCGCAACCAGAAGCGCAAGCACGAUGAAAUCAACCAUGUGCAGAAGACGUAUGCAGAGAUGGACCCAACAACGGCUGCACUGGAGAAAGAACACGAGGCGAUCACCAAAGUGAAAUACGUAGAUAAAAUCCAGAUCGGAAACUUUGAGAUUGACGCCUGGUACUUUUCACCGUUCCCAGAAGAUUAUGGGAAGCAGCCCAAGCUGUGGAUCUGCGAGUACUGCCUCAAGUACAUGAAGUACGAGAAGACCUUCAGACAUCACCUGUCUCAUUGUCAGUGGAAGCAGCCGUCGGGGAAGGAAAUCUACAGGAGGAGCAACAUAUCUGUGUAUGAAGUGGACGGACGAGACCAUAAGAUUUACUGCCAGAAUCUUUGUCUCCUGGCAAAACUCUUCCUCGACCACAAGACGCUGUAUUUCGACGUGGAGCCGUUUAUUUUCUACAUCCUCACCGAGGUGAACAAACAGGGAGCUCACAUCGUCGGAUACUUCUCCAAAGAAAAAGAGUCUCCAGACGGAAACAACGUGGCGUGUAUUCUCACACUGCCGCCGUACCAGCGCAGAGGUUAUGGAAAGUUUCUCAUAGCUUUCAGUUACGAGCUGUCAAAGCUGGAGAGCACCGUGGGUUCUCCAGAGAAGCCUCUGUCUGAUCUGGGGAAGCUCAGCUACAGAAGCUACUGGUCCUGGGUCCUGUUAGAGAUCCUGAGGGACUUCAGAGGAACGCUGUCCAUCAAAGACCUCAGUCAGAUGACCAGCAUCACGCAGAGUGACAUCAUCAGCACGCUGCAGUCGCUCAACAUGGUGAAGUACUGGAAAGGUCAACACGUCAUCUGUGUCACGCCCAAACUGGUGGAGGAACAUCUGAAGAGCGCGCAGUACAAGAAACCGCCAAUCACAGUGGACACCAUGUGUUUGAAGUGGGCGCCUCCUAAAAAUAAACAAGCCAAGUUGUCCAAGAAGUGAGAGACGGAGACAGAGCACUGUACGUGUGUGUGUGUGUGUGUGUGUGUGUGUGUCAGCCGUUUCCUCCUGUUGUAAACCUGCUGUAAAUAUUGUUAUUUUUUUUUAGAAACAUCUGUCCAUAUUUUCUGGAAAUAAAUAUUUUAAAAAAACACAA